AUGGCCUUUAUAAAAUAAAAAAUAAUAAUAAUAAUUGCAAUUGUGCCGUGCAUUUCUAAGGUGGAAAACGCAAAGCCGGAAAAGAAAAGGUUGCUCAGUGUUUCUCUUUAGCACUCUCUUUUCUCUCUCUACUUGUGCCUGUGCUUCCUCUGAAACUCGCAGACAUUGAAAGGGAGGGAAGAAUAGAGUAAGUAGAGAGAGAGAGGGGGAGAAGGGGGGAGGGAGUGAAUGCGCGCGGUGGCGCACACUAGCACCCGCGGUCCUUAUACUGCGCCCCUUGGCUGGGAUUGAUGAAUUGGGUUAUUCUACUUGACUUUGAGGUCGCUUCUUUGCCACGGCAGCCCCAAGAUUGAUUGUUACUCAGAAAAAAAGAUCGAUUCCCAACUUUGUGUUUUGCCGUGUUGUUGUUAUCUGUUACUCUUCUUCUAUAUUUUCUGUUUUGUGUUUGUUAUAAGAAACAGAGAAAAGAAACAAAAAAAAAAAAAAAAUCGCUCUAUUUCCACAACUCUGGCGGACCUCAAAGGAACCCUAGCGUUCCUUCGACCUUCGCUCUCAGCGAUUCUAGCAGAUCGGUGCGAAUUCAAGUCCAAGAAGAAGAAGUGGAAGGGGAUAUACUGGGUAAAGAUGUUUUGGAUUAUGCAGUUCUCUGGAUUUUUCUCCGUCGCAAUGCUGUGGAUCAUUAUCUCUCCGUCUUUCCAGUCUUGGUACCCAGCCGAAGCCAUCCGAUCGCACCCCGAUUCCCAUAAUCGGUUUUCUUUCCAGAAGUCCGCCGACUAUAGCAAUGCCGUUAAAUGUGGCUCUGGCGGCUCUAGAAUUCCGGCGGAAAUCGGCAUCUGCGAUCCCAAUUUGGUACACGUAGCAAUUACGCUUGAUGUAGAGUACCUGCGUGGCUCAAUCGCCGCCGUCAAUUCCAUUCUGCAGCACUCAAUGUGUCCGGAGAGCGUUUUCUUCCACUUCUUGGUCUCGGAGACCAAUCCGGAAACUAUAGUCCGAUCCACUUUCCCAAAGCUCAAGUUCAAGGUCUACUACUUCAAUCCAAAUAUUGUGCGCAAUCUGAUAUCCACGUCGGUGAGACAGGCUCUUGAGCAGCCGCUGAACUAUGCCAGAAACUACUUGGCGGAUUUGCUGGAGCCUUGUGUGAGCAGAGUAAUAUACUUGGACUCUGAUCUCGUCGUCGUCGACGAUAUCUUCAAGCUAUGGACUACGAGCCUCGAUAACAGGACCAUUGGGGCACCGGAAUACUGCCAUGCCGACUUCACCAAGUAUUUCACUGCGUCUUUCUGGUCGGACGAGAGGUUGACCGACACAUUUUCCGGCCGGAAGCCUUGUUACUUCAACACUGGCGUUAUGGUCAUAGAUCUGGUGAAAUGGAGGCAGGGAAGGUACACGAAGCUGAUUGAGAGGUGGAUGGAGAUCCAGAAGAGCCAUCGGAUCUACGAGCUCGGUUCUCUGCCGCCGUUCCUCUUGGUUUUCGCCGGACACGUGGCGCCAAUAGAGCACCGGUGGAACCAGCACGGCCUCGGUGGCGAUAACGUGAAGGGCAGCUGUCGUGACCUCCACCCUGGUCCGGUUAGCCUUUUGCAUUGGUCCGGUAGUGGAAAGCCUUGGCUGAGGCUGGAUUCGAAGCGGCCGUGUCCACUCGAUGAGAGCUGGGCUCGAUACGACUUGUACAAAAUCUCUCACUGAACCAGUACCAUUUGUCGCCGCUAAAUUCCCCACCAGGACUGUUUUUGUGACUUCCGUUGUUCGUUUAUUUUCCAAUUUGCCAUAUUUUUUCUUCUUUUCUUUUUCUUUCUCUUCAUUUUUUUAGUGUCUUCUUCAUUUUACUAUGACUUACUCAUCUCAUUUUUCGUUAAUCCUUUUUUUUUGUUUUUAUCUGGCAUUUUUUUCACACAUCUCUUUAGGCCAAUUUGUAUUCUAUUUUCCUAUUAAUCUUGCCUUUGAAAAUAAAAGGGAAAAAAAAAAAAGGGACAUUCAAUUUGUUACUUUGUAA